AUGAUUGACCCAGAGAGCGUUGUAAAAUACCACCUGUACCAUGACCACUAUGGGUCGGAUCACCGGGCCACUUACUCGCAAUGGUCCCUUCAACCAGUACGGAAUGCAGAACCAAAACCUAGGAAGGCAUACGACCGAUCAGACUGGGAAAAGAUUGGGAAAUCAGUGCACGCUCAGAUGGCGCCUCUCUCUACAAUCCAGUCAAUCACAGAGCUCGAUAGAGUAGUAGAAAAGCUCAUCUCCUACAUGCAAAGAAAACACCGCGCGUGGACGCAAACCAUCGAGAAAGUCAAAUCACAACACUGGAAGGAGUUCCUUGAUAAGGCGGGAGAAGGACAUCUUUGGAAAGCAGCAUCAUACAUGAAACCGCGGGAAUCGUAUGGCUAUAUUCCACCACUGAAAGACGGCACAAAUGAGGUGGUAGACAAUACAUGUAAAGCCAAAUUGUUCAUGGAUGCAUUCUUCCCUAAGAUAGUAGCACCAGGAGCCAUGGAAGACCCGAAACACAAUGAAAAAAUUCGAUGGGAUUCAAUUACCAAGGAAGAGGUCUACCGAGCCCUACAGCGCAUGAAAACCAGGAAGGCUCCAGGAGAAGACGAAAUCCCAACGCUGAAAAGAGCGAGAAUCGUGGUCCUCCAGAAACCAAACAAACCAGAUUAUACCAUCCCAGGAGCGUACCGACCGAUCUCGCUCCUGAACACGCUUGGCAAGGUCCUAGAAGCGGUUAUUGCAAAACGUCUCUCUUACUACGCAGAGACCUAUAACCUACUGCCAAACACUCAGUUUGGCGGCACUUCUGAUACUGUAAUAACGCUGGUCGCGUUCGAUCUCAAAGGGGCCUUCAAUGGGGUCAAUGGAGGUGUUCUCGACAGCCAACUCAAAGCGAAAGGGAUUCCGUCAGUUCUCCGAGCCUGGAUCACUAGCUUUAUGGAAGAGCGGACCGCUAGCAUUACCUUUAACGAUUUUGAAUCCACCAUAGUUCCCCUAGAGAACGCGGGUCUGACCCAAGGAUCUCCGUUAUCGCCAAUACUGUUCAUCUUUUUCAACGCUGAUUUGGUAAACCAGCCAGUCGACCACAAAGGCGGCUCAUCGGCGUUCAUUGAUGACUAUUUCCGAUGGGUCGUGGGGUUAUCCGCAGACAAGAACCUCCGAAGACUACAGGAGGACGACAUUCCACGAAUCAAACAGUGGGCGAAACAAACAGGCUCAUGCUUCGCGGCAGAGAAAACAGAACUAAUCCAUCUGACCCAGAAAAAGAACAAGCUGAGUAAAGGACAGCUGAUUAUACAGAGCACCACCAUUAAAGCAAGCACCACCGCCAAACUCCUCGGCGUGGUAUUCGAUAAUGAGCUCCAAUGGAAACCGCAUGUAUAA